UAGUCUCAAAUCUCAGCAGGAGCGGCAGGAAAGGACGCGGAAGGACCACAAGCCCCAGAAGCCCUCGCGGCCACUCUUCUCCCUCCCCUCAGGAGUCUGAGUGCUGUUUUUGUUGUUGGUGAAAGGUGAGGGGAACAGCUGAUCCGUCUGUGGGAGGGCAGAUAUUUCAAGGGCAGGAUGGAAGAAUCAUCACUAAGCCGGGCACCAUCCCGGGGUGGAGUCAACUUUCUGAAUGUAGCUCGGACCUACAUCCCCAACACCAAGGUGGAAUGUCACUACACCCUUCCCCCAGGCACCAUGCCUAGUGCCAGUGACUGGAUUGGCAUCUUCAAGGUGGAAGCCGCCUGUGUUCGGGAUUACCACACUUUUGUGUGGUCUUCAGUGCCUGAAAGUACAACUGAUGGUUCUCCCAUCCACACCAGUGUCCAGUUCCAAGCCAGCUACCUGCCCAAACCAGGAGCCCAGCUCUACCAGUUCCGAUAUGUGAACCGCCAAGGUCGGGUGUGUGGGCAGAGCCCCCCUUUCCAGUUCCGAGAGCCAAGGCCCAUGGAUGAACUGGUGACCCUGGAGGAAGCAGAUGGUGGCUCUGACAUCCUUCUGGUGGUCCCCAAGGCAACUGUGUUGCAGAACCAGCUGGAUGAGAGCCAGCAAGAACGGAAUGACCUGAUGCAGCUGAAGUUGCAGCUGGAGGGGCAGGUGACAGAGCUGAGAAGCCGAGUGCAGGAGCUCGAGAGGGCUCUGGCAACUGCCAAGCAGGAGCACACGGAGCUGAUGGAGCAGUACAAGGGGAUUUCCCGGUCCCAUGGGGAGCUCACAGAAGAGAGGGACAUCCUGAGCAGGCAACAGGGAGACCAUGUGGCACGUAUCCUGGAGCUGGAGGAUGACAUCCAGACCAUCAGUGAGAAAGUGCUGACAAAGGAGGUGGAGCUGGACAGGGUUAGAGACACAGUGAAAGCCCUAACUCGGGAACAAGAGAAACUCCUUGGGCAACUGAAGGAAAUGCAAGCAGACAGGGAGCAAAGUGAGGCUGAGCUCCAAAUGGCACAGCAGGAGAACCAUCACUUAAAUUUGGAGCUACAGGAGGCCAAGAGCCAGCAAGAGGAACAGCGUGCUCAGGUCCAGCGACUAAAGGACAAAGUGACCCAGAUGAAAGAUACCCUAAGCCAGGCACAGCAGCGAGUGGCUGAGCUGGAGCCCCUGAAGGAGCAGCUUCGAGGGUCCCAGGAGCUUGCUGCCUCAAGCCAGCAGAAGGCCACCCUCCUUGGGGAGGAGUUGGCCAGUGCAGCUGCAGCCAGAGACCGCACCAUAGCCGAGUUACACCGCAGCCGCCUGGAAGUGGCUGAAGUCAACGGCAGGCUGGCUGAGCUCAGUUUGCACUUGAAGGACGAAAAAUGCCAGUGGAGCAAGGAGCGAGCAGGGCUGCUGCAGAGUGUGGAGGCAGAGAAGGACAAGAUCUUGAAGCUGAGUGCAGAGAUACUUCGACUGGAGAAGGCAGUUCAGGAGGAAAGGACCCAGAAUCAAAUGUUCAAGGCUGAACUGGCCCGGGAAAAGGAUUCUAGCCUGGUACAGUUGUCAGAGAGUAAGCGGGAGUUAACAGAGCUGCGGUCAGCCCUACGUGUGCUCCAGAAGGAAAAGGAGCAAUUACAGGAGGAGAAGCAGGAACUGCUAGAGUACAUGAGAAAGCUGGAGGCCCGCCUGGAGAAGGUGGCAGAUGAGAAGUGGAAUGAGGAUGCUGCCACAGAGGAUGAGGAGGCCACUGCAGGGCUGAGCUGCCCAGCAGCUCUGACAGACUCAGAGGAUGAGUCCCCAGAAGACAUGAGGCUUCCUCCCUAUGGCCUAUGUGAGCGUGGAGACGUGAGCUCCUCUCCUGCUGGGCCCCGAGAGGCUUCUCCCCUCGUUGUCAUCAGCCAGCCGGCUCCCAUUGCCCCCCACCUCUCAGGGCCAGCUGAGGACAGUAGUUCUGACUCGGAGGCUGAAGAUGAGAAGUCAGUCCUGAUGGCAGCUGUGCAGAGUGGGGGUGAGGAGGCCAACCUGCUGCUUCCUGAUCUGGGCAGUGCCUUCUAUGACAUGGCCAGCACCAUCUACCAUGGAGCCCAAAUUGCCCUGCAUCCCCUCUUUCCUGCCCCUACCCCUUCCCCAACCACCAGUGGCUUUGCCGUGGGUCCCAUGUCAGAGGCCAGCACCGGGGGCCCUGCCACUCCUCCAUGGAAGGAGUGUCCUAUCUGUAAGGAGCGCUUCCCUGCUGAGAGUGACAAGGAUGCCCUAGAGGACCACAUGGAUGGACACUUCUUUUUCAGCACCCAGGACCCCUUCACCUUUGAGUGAUCUCACCCCUCCCUAGUACAUGCACACACACACACACUCUCUCUCUCCUACACACUCACACACACAUGCACUUCAGUGUCGUGCCUGUUUUCCAUCACACUGGGCUCCAUGAUAUUCUGUUCUCUAAGAACUGCUUCUGGGCGCCCUGUUUUCACCCCAAGCUUUCUUACUUCAUCCUCUCCUCCCUGGCUUUUUUGUGUCAGGCAGGAGCCCUUCUCAGAAGCAGUGGCUGAAUGUUCCCCCUGAAAGCGGGGAAGAGCCAGGAUGGAGGAGGCCUUCCCCUGUGGGAGCAGAAUCAUCCAUUCCCAGCCCUGGUCGCUUCUGAUCCUCACACAGCCACUGCACACACACACUCACACACACUCCCCUCUCUGAUGCCCCAAAGCCAGUUCCUGGGGCACCCCACCCUCUCUUAUUUGGGGCUUAUGUUUGUUUACCCGAGUUUUCUCUGGGGCCUGCAUAGAGGCAGCAUGGACAUCGUGACCUCGUAGGUCUCUUUCGGUUCUCAGCAUCAUUUGUUCCUCUUUUUCUCCCUCUGUUGCCUUCUGUACCCCACUCCAGCCUUUUCCAUAGCCUUAGGUAUUAAGUUUGGAGGUUUCUUUUAUAUUUUAAGGAUUCCUGUACCCUGUCUCCUCCCCCUUGCCGGCCUCCCCGCCUUGUCCUCACUCCCACCCCUGUAACCUCACAUGGAGAGAAAUAAUGUAUUUGUGCCUUCUUGGAGGGAUGGGGGGAACAAGUGGUCCCUGGUGUCCUCCUUUCCCAGCCCCUCUUCCCUCUCCAGGUACCCCCACAGCAAUAAGAAUCCCUCCCUCAUGCCUUUCCCCUCUAUCUGUAGUUUGAAGUUUGGACAAAUAUAUUUAUAUGAUAUGUAAA